AUGUAUCCGUUUGAAAGAUUGUUUUUUCAUCUGAAAAGAAAGGUGAAAAACAAGAACAAACCGGAAGGGGCAAUCGUGAAGCAGUAUGUUAACGAAGAAAUUACGUACUUCACAAAUUUUUAUUUUGAGCCACAUAUCAAGACAAAAGCCAAGAGUUCUUCUCGGUAUGGAGAUGAAGAUGAGAUGAUGUUUCAAUUUAAUCAAGUUGAUGGUUGUGAUAUCCCGGCUAUAUUCAACCAAAUAGGGAGAUUGAGUGGAAAAUCGAAAGAAAGAUGGUUAUCCGUCGAAGAAUGGCGUCAUGCUCACACAUAUGUGUUGUUGAAUUGUGAUGAAAUUCGACCAAUAGAAAGAGUAUUUGACGAGGAGACAAAGAGACUUAAUCCUGAUAUGAGUGAUGAAGAAUGUAUAGAUCUCAAAGAAUCAUCAUUUGCGGCAUGGUUACAAAAUUAUGUAUCUCAUUCUUCGGAGAAUUUUCCUAUUUGGAUACAAGAUUUGAUCCGGGGUCCAUCAAGAAUGGUGAAAUGUUGGCCAAUUAUGUUCACAAGAGGAUACACUUUCCAUACUUAUGCUCAUGAUUCAGAUCGAAAGACUUCCAACUAUGGGAUAUGUGUUAAAGGAGCAAAUUGUUGUGAUGUGGCUGAUGAACCAGACUUUUAUGGUAUCCUCCAAGACAUCAUGGUGUUAGAAUACCACGGUUAUAUUGGUUUGAAGAUGGUUAUAUUUAACUGUGAUUGGUUUGAUCCGACCAUUGGAAGGGGUAUGAGAAGAAAUGGAUCGGGCGGUUUUGAUAUCAACUUAUCCAAGAAGUAUUCAAAAUACGAUCCGUUUAUCCUAUCUUCUCAAGCGGAUCAAGUAUGUUAUAUAAGUUAUCCAACGUCCAAACGACGUCGAGAUCAUUGGAGAGCUGUCAUUAAAAUUCAACCACGCGGUGUUGUUCGUGAAGAAGAAGGUUCAACCGAUAUCCCAUUUCAAGAAAGACGCAUUGAUGAUGAUAUUGGUCAACAAUUCCGUAUUACGUAUUCACAGAACGAGCAACUUGUUGUAUCAAAUGAAGAGGAUGUUGAAUACGAUAAUUUAGUUGACGAUGAAAGAAAUGACGACAUUGAAGAUGAAGAAGAAGUUGAAGUAACAACCGAUGAGGAUAGUGAUUAA